AUGCGCUUCCAAGCUGUCGCUAUCCUUACCGGCGCUACUGCCGUCGCUGCCAACUCUGCAACUCUUCUUCUUCCUGGCUUCCAGGGCCGCGACCUCCAAGCCAGUGUAGUCGCUUCGGCUGGCGAUGCCACCACUUACCUGGUGACCUGCCCCACAAGCGUGGCCUCCUCUGCCUGUGGAAUUCCCGACUCGGGCCUGACUGAGAUUGCAUCGCCGACCUCAGUCAUCCUCCAGGAUGUCAGCGCCGGAACCACUGCCAUCAUCUCUUGCAACGUUGAGGGCACCACCUCUGCCCUCUGCCACGCCUCCCAGGGUACCAUUGAUGUGACCCACACCUUGGCCUCGAGUGAUAUGAACUGGAUGGCCGUGACAAUCACUGGUCCUGUCUCGACCAGCACUCCCACCCCAACCCCAACUCUGACCCCAACCAACUCUCUGGUCUCUUCCACCCCUACCCCUACUCCCACCUCGAUUCCAGCCUCGUCUUCUUCCUCCCCAAUUCCCUCUUCAACCUUCACCCCGGCCUCCAGCCCUAAGAAGUCGUCCACCUUGCGUGUCGCCACUUCUACCCCCCUGAAGGUCGUCUCAAUUCCCACCGCAGCUGCUGAUUCCGUUGCUCCUUCCGCUGCUGCCGCCUCCGCAACCGCAUCGGGUACCCCCAUCAGCGCAAACGCCGCCGUAUCUCUGACCGGCAACGCUUGGGCUUUCGGUGCUGCCGCCGUCGCCCUGGCCUACGCCCUCGUGUAA